GGCUCGGGGCCGGAGCGGAGACAAAGGCACCGCGCCCCCCCCCCCCCCCACCUCCCCCUAACUCCCCGGUUAUAACGCGCGCCCCCCCCCCCCCCCCCCCCCUUUUCUUCUUCUCGGUACCGCGCCGGCUCAUGGCUGCGGGGGCGGCUCCAUGCCCGGGGGGGAGCCGGAGGCGGGUGGGGGGCCGGCCGGUAUGGCGGGAGGGCGGCGGGGCGGUGGCAGCGCCGCCGGGGGGAUGUCGAUGAAGAUGGCGCUGCGACGAGCCUACUCCAUCAAGGACAAGCUGCAGGCCAUCGAGCGGGUGAAGAAGGGCGAGCGCCAGGCGUCGGUGUGCCGGGCUUUCGGGGUGCCGGGAGGGACGCUGAGGGGCUGGCUGAAGGACGAAGCCAAGCUGCGGUGGUUCCUGGAGCAGCUGGGGGGUGAGGUGGGCACCCAACGCAAGAAGAUGCGCUUGGCCAACGAGGAGGAGAUCGACCGCGCCGUCUACGCCUGGUUCCUCGCCCUCCGCCAGCACGGCGUCCCCCUCUCCGGGCCCCUCAUCCAAGCCCAAGCUGAGGCUUUCGCCCGGCAGAUCUACGGUCCCGAGUGUACCUUCAAAGCCAGCCACGGUUGGUUUUGGCGCUGGCAGAAGCGCCACGGCAUCUCCAGUCAACGGAUCUACGGCGAGGGCGGCCUCCCCGCCGAGCCCGAGCGGGCUCCCGCCGCCUGCCCGGAGGUUCUCCCCGUGCCGGCUGCCGACGCUGGGGGUUACGGCGACGAGCAGAUCUACAACGCCAACGUCACCGGGCUCUACUGGAAGCUGCUGCCGGGGCAAACCGGUGGGGCGAUGGCGGCGCGGCGGCGGCCUGCUCCCCGCGAGCGGGUCACCGUGCUCCUGGCUGCCAACUUGACCGGCUCCCAUAAGCUCAAGCCGCUGGUGGUCGGGGGUCUCCGCGAUCCCCCCAGCCUCCGCCAUCACAACCAGGACAAAUUCCCCGCUUGCUACCGCUACAGCCCAGAGGCCAGGCUGGGGCCGGCUCUCCUCCGCUCUUGGUUCUUUGAGGAUUUCGUGCCAGGCGUCAAACGCUACCUGCGCCGCAGCUGCCUGCAGCAGAAGGCCGUGCUGCUGCUCAGCUCCCCGCCACCCGUCUCUGGGACGGGCUCCGAGGAGUCCCCCCCACUGCAGACACCCGACGGCUCCAUCCGUGCCCUCUUCCUCUCCAAGGGCCCCGCCGGGAGCGGUUCGGCUGGAGGGGGAGGCCGAAUCCCGGCCCCACUGGAGCAAGGGGUGGUGUCCGCCUUCAAGCAGCUCUACAAGCGGGAACUGCUGCGCCUGGCCGUCUCGUGCGCGGCCGGCGGCAGCGGCUCGGGUGGCCCCGUGGACUUUGUGAGGUCCUUCCUCCUCAAGGACAUGCUGUACCUGGCCGGCCUCUCCUGGGACCUCAUCCCCCCCGGCUCCAUCGAAAAGUGCUGGCUGCUGGGGCUGCGCGCCGCCUUCGAGCCCCAGCCCGGGGAGGAAGAGCACGGAGACCCCCCGCGUGGGGAGGAAGGCGGCGGGGACGGCAAAGUCUUUAGCGACCUGACUCACCUGGCCGCCUUGGCCUACAAGCGGUUGGCUCCCGAGGAGGUGGCCGACUGGUUGCACUUGGAUGACGUGGCCCCAGGGACGGAGGAGGACGAUGGGGAAGAGGACGCUGAGGAGGGAGGCCCCGGAGGCUGCGGGAUGGAGGAGGAGGAGGAGGAGGAGGAGGAGGAGGAGGAGGAGGAGGAGGAGGCAGCUGCCGGAGAUGGAGGUGGCAGAAGGGGUGGGGAAGGAGGGGACGCCUUGCUGCCCACGGCUCGCGAAGCCAUCAAAGGUCUGGAGACGGCGCUGCGCUGGCUGGAGGGUCAGGACCCCCGGCAAGUGGGGCCGCUCAAGCUGGUGCAGCUCCGCUCCCUCAUCAGCAUGGCCCAGCGGCUGCACCGCGGCGGCAGCCCCGGCUCCUAGGGCAGGCCCACCCGCGACCUCUCGGCUACCAACCGCCCCGCUCGGGCUGGGGACACCCCAGUUCUCCCAGCGAGGCUGGCGGUGGAGGUGCCAGCUCCCCUCAGCUUUCCGUCACGGGCAGCCCCUGGGGCGCAGGGGGCCCAACCGCCUCCGGGUUACCACGGCGAAGACAGGGGAUACAAUUUAGGGCUAACGGGGUUGUUUUGGUUUUUUUUUUUUUUUUUUUUUUUUUUGGUGCGACAAGCCCCUCCGUAUGUUGCGGAUUUGAGGGUUGUUCCUCACCCUAAAUAUAUUUAGGAGGUGCUAUUUUUUUAAAUCCCACGAGACUGAGUGGCCCCCUGGUCACUGGCACCCCUAGAAGAGGGUGGGUGCCCCCCACGCUACCCGUUUCCCCCCCCGACCCCGUGGGGAGGAGGGGUGAGGGAGGGACCUGUUCGGCAUCACCGCGAGGAGCCGGGAUGAUGGGGGGAAGCGACACCAAUUCCCCACAUCUCGGAGCAGGGCUGAGGUGGGCGCAUCUGGCUGGACAGGGAUCGCUCUUGGGGUGCUGAGGAGCAAACGUCCCGCCCUGGAAGAGGCUGGUGACGCCCUUCCCCCUGCCGAAACGGCGUCCUGUUAAAACGGGGAGGUUUGGGGCUGGUUUAAGACAACUUUUUUCAUGCACUGGAUUGGGACGGGGACACUUGGGUGGCAUCUGAGAAACCGCGGCUGCCCGGAGAGGGCCACCUCCAUCAUUCCCGUGACAGCCCCGCACCUGGGAACGCCCAGGCUACGGAGACCUGCUGAAACAGGUACCGUCAUCCGAGCAUCCUCGCGAAGCCGAAGGCUCCGGGGAUGAGGGUUGAGGUGCCGGCGGGGCGGCUGGGGCUGGAAAAUGCAGCUGCCGGCGUGAUGCGCGUCACGAGUUGAGACAGGAGCCGGGGUCGGGGGGGGGCUCCCAGCACUGCCUUAAAAUACCGGAGGCAUCAGAGAUGAAUUUAGCAGCUCUUGACCUGAUUUGGAUUAAAUUUUCGCCUGCUUAGCCAAAUUAUUGAAAGGGGGGAAAGGAAAAAACAAACAAACAAACAAAAAAAAAACAGUGCCGCUGUGCCCCGUGUCAGCAGACGGGGUGGGUGUUUUUACUUGUCGGGUCUUUGUCUCAUAACUUCAGAGUUUAUGAAAAUUAAAUGGAUUUUUAUUCGCA